CGCAGGUGCGAUGCGAUAUCUGCUCCGGAGGAGGAGCACAUGUCGUACGUUGUAUUGCUAUGACAUGCUCAUACACUUCCACAACCAGUAUAUUGAGUUUUUUGAGGCUGCAAAGUGGAUAGUUGAAGCCUCAUGCAUAGCUUCUUGAAGCUUUGUUUUGCUGGAUUCACUUCUCCCACACCAAUCCAAGCACAAGUGUUGAUUUUGACUAUCAUUGAUACAUCCUGCUUAUAGACCAUAGGUAGAAGCAUGACAUUGUGUUUAUAUAUUGAUUUUUGAAUUUUAAGUGUUGAUUUUGACUAAAAUCUAAACUGAAUUAUUUUUUAUUUAGAAAAAUCUGCAGCUUUGCUUGAUUCCUAAGCUGAAUUAUGAACUUCAAUUGUUAAAUAGAUGCAUAUGAACUACUUUGGAGAAGGCUCGUGGUACGAACCACCAUACUCCCGUGACUACACCUUGUUUGCGGAAGAACAAAUUGAAGCAAACAAGGUGGCGAUUCGAGAAAGAGCAAAACUUCUUGAAUCAGUCCGGAAGGAAAAGGAGUUCGAAAGGAGAUUAUGCGAAGGAUCAGAUAUGAUGCAGAAAAUGCUAGAUGACUUCCAAAGAGAGAGACUAGAAGCCGAAGCUAAAGCUGAUAAACUAGUCAAUGAUCUUUGUAAGGCUGUUGAACUUAAACGCUCCCUCCAAUCUCAAGAUCAAAUGAGGAAGAUUAAUGUUCAAAAAGAGGCUCUAGAACCCAAGACCAUCCCUGAACCCAUCAACCAACAGGUCCUGGUUCUAGAAGAUUCACCUAAUUCCGCACCAUCACAGAAACCCGAGAGCAUAACAACUCUCGCUAGGGCUACUGUGGUGAUGUUACCUGAAUCUCUUCCUAGCCAAGUCCCCACUAGCAUAGUUGUACAUGAGGUGGAACCAACUGAGGGACCUGACUCAGAACCACCUACGCUCGUUCAAGGAAAGAAGGAGGAGGAAGUUUUGCCUACGGCAAUAAACGACCAUCUCCUUAAUUGUGUUGAAGACACACCUCCAAAGGAACCUGUUUUGGAGGAGAUAGAGCCCAUUACCUGCCCCCAAGAUUCCAAUAUCCAAGAGUCUGAGGAGGAAUCUGUUGACGAGGAAAUAUUGUUCAUGGAAAACCCAAAUUCGUCUAUAGAAACCUGUGCAAAUAAUGCUUCACCAGUAUAUUCAGACCAAACUUUAUUUGACUACUUACAUGACGGGUGUAACCCGAUUUGCCCGGAGGAUAGUUGGAGCCAAAAGAGUUGGGAUGAACUUCUGGUAAGUGACCUUGAAGACUCUUCCAUAGGGGAAAGCACGGUCGUAAUCAUCAAACCACAAAUGGAUAGUCAGCCUAUUGAAGAUAAGGAAGAAAUCAAUUUCACAAUCAAGGCUAACGAUGUGGAUCUACUGAGGAGACUUCCGCCACCACCCACCUAUACCAAGUCUCCUCCAUAUAUCCUGUUGCCACCAUGCCGCAGGGAGGAGUCAAGGAUCCUGGACCUUGACCGAGCGAAAAUUCAAACAGGGUGGCAUCAGAAGAGAGUCAGAAGGGCCAAACUUUAUGACUCUCGGAUCGGAAAGGAUAUGGGUUGUUUGGUGGGGUUUUGGGCUGUUCCUGAGUUGCAGGAAAUGUUGGGGGAAGGAGGGACGAAUGUGGGGAGGGCUGAGGUUGAGGGCCAAGGAGUGGGGGUCAUACCCCCACCAAAAACCUACCCAUCUAUUCCUAAGAACUCCGAUUACUUCCAUUGUCAAGAGAUUGGUUGUUAUGCUAUUGAUGAGAAUUUGAAACCAUUGGUUGAAAGGGAAGAAGAGAAAUCGAACUCAUCGAGACUUAAGGAAGCACUCGAUAAUGUGAAGGCUCAGACCCAAGAAGAACGUGAACUCAUGAUCAUGGAUUGGCCAUUGAGCAGUUGGGCUAAUCCAAAUGAACUUGGAAUCAAAACCCUCAUGAAAUCGUGUCCCAUUGAGUGGCUCAACCUUGGAAGAGAACUACGAGUGGAAGUACGUAGAUUUUCUGUAUUUCACAUUGACAUGUCAGGGACACCUAAUUUUGUGGAUUCAUUGAGAAACGAGGCUUCGGCAUGUUUACUCCUACCCGUGCCCACGCCUCACCAAGGGAUAGAACCACGAGCUCAUCUCAUUUUAGGUGAAAACACACCCAAUGGUGAAUUAGAGAAGAAGGAUGUUGCUGCCACCAGAUAUGAGUUCUUAGGCUAUGGCUUAACUACCUUAAACGUGCGAGUUGAUGAGAAGAAAUUUCAAUGUGGAGCUAUGAGCCAAGAUGUGUAAGCCUCACCUCAAAGGCUAUCUUCACUAACGGUACCUUGUGCCAAGUUUGUUGAGUUUUUGCAGGUUCCAUGUGAUAAAAAAACUUCCGAGUUUUA